AUGGCUGCCUCGGCGAGUCAGAAUGGAAAGCGCAGAUCGCCUUCCGCGGGGGAAAGCGAUAGAUCCACCCCGGAUCAGGCAUUCAGUCCCGCCCCUUCGACGCGGUCGUCCAGCAAACAGCAGGUACGGCACCGGGCAUCCAUCGCCUGCGUGUCUUGCCGUGAGAGAAGGAUACGGUGCGUCGUACGAGAAGGUGAGACCGAGUGUGCGCAGUGCAGAAGGACAGGGGCUACUUGCAUCAUCAAAGACGAUGACGAGAGACGACGACCGAUCUCAAAGGCAUACAUGUCGUCCCUGUCUAAUCGGAUCGCCUUGUUGGAGGAGAUGCUCAAAGAACGGGGAGUCGUUCCUCCUCCUGCUGUCCACCCACCCAAGACAAGGCAAGAGGCUCAGGCAAGACAACAGCAAGAGGAGCAACAAGCUCAGGUCAUGAAGAGGUCAACAGACUGUGAGCCAAAGGCAUUGAACGCCUCUGUGACCCAACCACCCACGCCGCCCGGGUCGGGAGACGAAGACGUCGCCAAUAGGGAAUCGGCACAGCCGAGAGGCUAUGUUGCCCCUGGGAGCCAGACCAGCCUGUUUCCUCUAAUCGACCCCGUACUAUUACAGGAUAUGGAGCCGAGAAAGGACACGGGACUCCGGCAACUCCUUUGUACCAGGGCAACCCACACAUUUGACCAGUCCGCGGGAAGAGUGCGAUUCUUCGGUCCAACAGCUAACAGUCAUGUCUAUGCCAAGUCCUCUUCUGGUUACUUCAACGCCCCGGAGCGGUCUGACCAGGCCCGCAGGGCUGAGCGCCUCAUCGGCGCCCUCAGACCUUCCACUCACGACCACCUAAUACGCUGUUUCUGGGAGUAUUACAACUCGUGCCACCAAGUGGUUGAUGAAGUAGCCUUUGAGGCCGGCCGUACUGCUCACGACCCAAGAUUCUACUCUCCAUUCCUCCACAUAACUAUGCUAGCGGUUGGCUACCGCUUUGCUGAUUGGGACCGGGAGGAUGUGAAGAGGAUGACAAUGGGAAACCGCGAGAGCACGCUCCACCGAGAAUCCAAGACCCUGUUAGAGACGGAAUUGGAGAAAUCCGGAGGAUUGCCAAUUGUUCAAGCCCUUCUCCUUCUGGCCGACUUGGAAUGUGGUGUUGGCCGGGACACCACAGGCUGGAUGUACUCGGGAAUGGCGAGCCGCCUAGCGUUUGACAUCGGACUGCACGUCAGUCCCAAUAGAGCGGAUUUGUCCGAGCUCGAGAGGCUAGCCAGGCAUCGAGUCAUGGCUGCAUGUGUCAUGUCUGACCGAAGAUGGGCUCUGUUCCUGGGCCGCCCCACGUCCAUCAAGGCCCAAGAUAUUGCCCUUGACGUAUUACCCAGGGCCCCAGGGAAGGCUUUGGCAAACCCAAGCUCCGGAGCUCCCGUGGCAAGCCAUGCCGACAUCCACCAACAGAUGUUUGAACUCAUGGAGCUCGCAGGGAAGGUUGCCGACUUCCAAAACUCGACGUAUAGCGCCACUCAGGCAUGUGUCACUAAAGGGACCGAGGACCGAGCGUAUCUGCAUUUCAUUGGGCUGGAACGUCUCUUUCACAAUUGGUAUCGCCGGCUCCCAGACAAUCUGGCGUGGAAGCCCGCAAACGUCAAGUCUGCGCACAUGGCCUUCUUUAUGCUCCACCAGCAGUUCCAUGUGUGCAUGAUCCUCCUGCAUCGGCCUUGGGCGAAGUACGGGCCGAUGUCGUUUGAUGGAGCUGCGGCGGCACGGUAUCCGAGCCCCGAUUCCCCGUGCCAUGAGAACGACCGGGCGCACGCGCUUCCUUCGUGGGCCGGCCCGCUGCCGCAUCACGAUAACAGGGCGUCCUUAUCCCGAAGCAUGUGCACACAACACGCCGUGCGCGUCGCCCGCAUCUUCUGGCAUCAUCGCCAGCGGUUUGAUGGGAGAAGGAUAGGACUCGCCGGGAUUCAGCACGCUGGCACGGCGGCCCUCGCGUUGAUGGCCGCUCUGGCACACAAGAGCGCCGAGCUUGACCACCACACCAACCUGAGGUAUCUGCAGGUGCUCUCCACUGCAAUCUAUGACAUGAGCCACUCGUACCAGCCGGCAGCGAGAAUGUACCAUCUGCUCAGGAUCAUGCUCGUCGAUAUCCGUUCAGAAAUGGCCAAGUCGGGAGGGUUUGACUUUAGCACCGUCGUCGGGCGCUAUCACCAGGGCAACAGCAUGGUGUUUGACAGCAACCCUUGGGCAGCAGCAAUCACCCCCAGCAACUUCCUGUCUGCGGACGGCUUUCAGACCAUCCCAGAAGAGGAGAGUCGUGCCAGUAAGAGACGCCGGCUGUCCAGCCUAUCCAGCAUGGACCUCUCUUGCCCGGCGCCGUCUUUCCUCGCCAACGCGGGAUGCCCAACCCCUCCGGCCACGUCUCAGAGCCCUGAUAAUUCCACUUCCAUGGUGGACAACACGGACCUGACCGGCCUGAUCAAUGACAGCACCUUUGGGCAAGACAGUUUAGAUCUGAUCCACCUCUCGUGCAUCGAAUUCAUCAACAACGGCGGUGCCCCGCCCCAGGACUGGGCGGCAGCAUCACCGACCCCCGCGCAGGCGCCCGAGUCUGCCGAGCUGGCGCUGGACUCGAACCUCACCGCCAACUCGGAAACCACCCCACCGACAACCAGCGCAGCGGGGGACAAUGCGGCAGCUGCCCCAGCUGCCGCAGUCGACGACGAUACGACAGUGGACAUGACCAUUGAGCAGUGGCUGGCUGAACCGUCUGAUCCCCUCACUCCGUCGCCUUCGUCCUCAGCUUCGGGAACAGGCUCAGCUUCUGAGGGCGCCUUGAUUGAACCAACUGCCCCCGCCUCGCUGGCUGAACUCAUCCCCAUUUCUGUGUCUCAGCACUGCCCCUCCUCUUCUGGCACCAGUACCAGCCCCAACACCAACACCAACACAGAUGGCCCAGAUACAGAUACACGCUCGGAUGAAAACGAAAACGGCCCACUGGCAAUGACUAUGGUGAUGGACCUGGACCUGGACCUGCCCGAUACGAGAGAUCCUUCUUCCUCCUCGUCAUCAUCAUCCUCUUCCUCCUGCGCUGCUAGUGGUCACGGUGGCGCCGACGCGGGUCACGCUGGAACGGAACCCUGGCUCCAUGCCAUGGGCGCGCCUCCGCCGCCCAUCACGCCGGGCGACGUCAACGGCAGGUCGCCUCUGACGCCUGUCACGCUGGACGAUUUGGUGCAGAGUGUUGAGGAGGCAGUUGGCUCGGCGCGUGCGCGGAGAGCUGCUGCUGCUGGUGUCGGUGUUGCGGCUGAGGUUUGCGUUGGUGGGGGUGGGAGUGGGAGUGGGGGUGCAGUUGCCGCUGGGAACUCACCAGUUGUGAGGAAUCGGGAGUUGGAUUUUUUGAGUCUAUGA